CAUUUGACCUGGAUGCUCUGGCUAUAAAUCUCCGGCAAGCUUCCUACGGUCAGCCCAAUGUAAAUCCCAUCGCACUUGUUUUAACUCCAGCUUCCAAACGAUUUACUGCGAGAGCUGAGAUUGCCCAUGAUGUUCCUCUCAGCAACAAUUAUAGCCUCGCUCCUCUUUGGCUUAGCUUCGGGCUAUACUGUUCAUCUCAAACCGGCUUUCACCAACGGCACCGUGCUAGUUGAGCAGGUGUCGGUUCCCGGCAACCUUGAUGGCGCAAAGGCAAAAACGUCAGUGAACCGGACUACGUCGGAUUUUUGGUACUUCGACACUCAGGCAGCACGCCCCGGUAAUGACGCUGCAGUCGAAGUCGUCUUUUUCAAUUUUCCCGAUCUACGAACUCCGCACCCCUUGGCUUUCCAGGUGACUGGAGCUUUUCCUAACGGCACUCGUUUUCACAAGACCGCCGCAGCUGAUGGCGGCGUUACAGUCACCAAUGAUGCGAAGGGCAUUCGAGGAGAGUGGAAAGGUGUAGACGCCAGCUUUGUCGGUUCUCCGCUGGAUCAGCCGAAUGUGACGUAUCGCAUUACUAUCAACUCAACGCAGACUAAUGUGUAUGGCACUGUGACCCUGAAAUCGCGUGCUCCUGCCCACUAUCCAUGCGACCUUAACGUUCCAGGGGUCAGUGAAGCUCUGGCCCCUAAUCUCUAUUGGUCGAACGCCGUACCGGAUGCUAUAGCCGACGUUGACGUUACCAUUGACGGCACACGCGUGAAGUUCACCGACGGUAUUGGUUAUCAUGACAAGAACUUCGCGGAUGCCUCCAUUGUCCAAUCCUCCCAUAAAUUUUGGGAUUGGGGUCAUGCUAGCUUUGGCCCAUACUCUGCUGUCUGGUUCGCGGUGACCGAAAAGGACAACAGAACCUACCCUUACGCUUAUGUGGCCAAAAAUGGUAAGCCUAUUCAUGUAGGCUGUGGCCAUGGCUCUGUUCAGAUCCGUCAAUGGGGCGGCGAAGCUGCAUAUCCCCCACGACCGGGCUCAACAAUGUUGGCGGAAUCUUAGUCAGUUACCAGCUGCCUGACGGUCAUGUCUUGGAGGCGAAUGUUACCAAAACGCGUGUCGUCCUCGAUGAGGUCCUCCAUCAGCGCGCAAAUGGUGUCGUUCAAGGAGGGGUUAAGGGAUCGGGGAAGCAGUAUGGCGGCUAUGCUCACUUUGAAGAGUACAUUAUUGGGCUCAUC